AUGGUCGACGAGGAAGUUCAAGUAAAGCAUGAGAAGGCCGUACAAGCUGGAGGGGAAUCAGAGCUCGCCGUCAUAGAGGAAGUAGAUGAGGACCUGGAAUCCGAUGACCUUGCCAAUUAUUUUGAGAAGCCAAAGUUUGAGAAGCCAAAGCAGCAGGGACAAGGGUUGCUCCAGCAAGCGAUGGAAGAACCGCCAGGUUUUUUCAAAAAGCUCCGAUAUGGGCUGGAGAACAGCAUGUUUUCGCAGGAUAAUGCCAUGAACGGGGUCGCCGCAGUUGCCAAAGUCUUCGAAAUCGCUCAA